AUGUCUUUCGCUCAGCUAAGUGCAGCAGCUUCUGCUGCUGCUGCUGCUGAUGCUGCUUACAUGGAAGACGGGCGACAGGUUCAGCAGCUGCGACAGCAGCUGCAGCAGCACGUAGCGAAGUUAAACCUUUUGCAGCGCUCGCAUGCAGCGCAAGACCCAUUCCGUCUGCUGCCGCAUAUAUCUUUUGAGGAGCAGCAGCUGCUGCAGGAACAGCAGUUACUGCAGCAGCAGCAGCAGCUGCAACGCGAGCUAGAGGCCUCCAGGGCAGCUGCUGCGCGUCUCCGCAAGGCUCUUCAGCAGCUGCAGCUGCACGUAAGCGCCUCUACCUCGCUGCGUGAGCAGCGGCAGCGGCAGCAGCAGUAUAAGCAGCAAGCUGCUGCUUGCGAAUUGCUGCUGCGAGAGCUGCGGGAUGCUGCACAAGGGGAUGCAUCGUUUUUACAGCAGCAGCAACAGCAGCUGGUGCUGCAUGCAGAAGAUUCGUCCAUGCAACAAGAGCAACUGAAAUCACACAGCGUAGAGCCAGCAGCAGCAGGAGCAGCAGCAACAGGGUCUCACACCACUUCCCACCUGAGAAGCUCUUCUGGGGUCGGAGGCCCUGCUAUUUUUGCAGCGCAUGCAGAGUAUCCAACAACAGAGCGGCUGGGGGCCUCUGGAGCAGCAGCAGCAGGAGCAGCAGCAGCAGGAGCAGCAGCAGCAGGAGCAGCAGCAGCAGCAGCGAGCCCCUGGGAGCUUAGCAUGGGGAGGAUCCCUUUUGGGGAUCGUGGGAUAGUCGAUCCCACCUCCGCUAAGCAGCAGCAGCCUCCUUCUGCUCCCUAUGGAGCCGCUUCGGGGCAGAUGCAUGCAACGCAUGCAAUGCAUGCAUUGCAUGAAUCGCAUGCAUCGCAUGCAUCGCACGCAGUGCAUAUGCUGCAUGCACCGCAAUCUAAUAGCAGCUUGGGGCCCCAACUUGGCGGCUUUAUGGCGCCACUGCAGCUGCAGCAUCAGCUCAUGCAGACAAACACCUCGGUACCUAUCUUUAUUCCUGACAGCAAAAUAGCGGCUUCUCUGGCACGGGAGAAGAGGGACAACUUGGUAAAGAUUCACCGCGAGAUUAAAAGCAUUCAGUCUCUGUACGAACAAAUGGCCUUCUUCACAGUAGAACAAGGAAGCCGACUAGAAGUGGUAGGGCAGACCCUGGAAGGCACCCGAGAAGAGGCUGCAAGGGCGGCUCGGGAAAUCGCAAUGGCUCUGCGGUGUCAGUUGUAUUUCAGAAGAACAUCUGCUACCUGCGGCCGAGAAAGACUGCAGGCAGCUGCGCACAGCGUGGUGCCCAAAGAGCUCCGAUAUUCGGUUGGUGCUGCCUUUGAGGCGUGA